AUGAUCUUUAGAGGCAAAACAGUUGUAAAUGAAGAAAAUAAGUACUAAUGCUACAAAGGCAAAAAUAACAAUAUAGAAAACCAUGGCUAAGGUAUGCAAGUCUCCACAAGUUUUGCUGUCUUUAAGUACCAAUGCUACAGCGCAAACAAGGACAGCAAUUGUUCCUAAAAGGUCUACUAUUAGGUAGAAUUAGAGAAAUCUUUGUUGAAUGGUGAAAUAUGCAAUGAUGUACUUAAGAACUAGAACACCUACAAUAACAAAGCAAACAAUGUAUGUGUAUUUACUCCAGUUAAGGAAAUCAGUGGCUCUACAAUAGCUAAAUUUAGAGGAAUCAUCAAGGAAGAAGAAUAUAAUUAGGCUCAAAUAAUACCAAUAUUAAAAAGUAUAGAUAGAAUGCAAUGA